GAAAAAGGGCGAGUCCGAUUUCAACUUUGACGGAUCCGUAUUUGAAGUAAAGGCAUUUCAAUAAACGAUCUUGCAAAAUGAAGGGUUGUAUAUUUAAUAUUGAUGGAGGAUAUCUAGAAGGUCUUUGUCGUGGACUUAAAUGUGGAAUUCUUCAACAAAGUGAUUAUCUUAAUCUUGUACAAUGCGAAACUCUUGAAGAUUUGAAACUACAUUUAGCUGGUACAGAUUAUGGUAGUUUCUUAGCUAAUGAGCCAUCACCACUCUCUGUCAGUGUAAUCGAUGAUAAAUUGAGAGAAAAGCUUGUUGUAGAAUUUCAACAUAUGCGUAAUCAUUCUGUAGAACCUUUAUCACAAUUUUUGGAUUUUAUUACUUACAGCUAUAUGAUUGAUAAUAUCAUCUUAUUAAUUUUACUCUUAGGUAUAAAAUACAAUAAAAAGUAUUUUAAACUCUUUCUACAAAGUAUUAAAAUCAUAAAAUAGGCUAUAUUGUUUUAUUGUAUUUUUAUAAUAUUAAAUAUUAUAGCACCUUUCUUUGUGGAUUGCAUUUCUGAACAAGAUUUAGACGAAAUGAACAUUGAAAUAAUCAGGAAUACAUUAUACAAAGCUUAUUUAGAAGCAUUUUAUAAAUUCUGUAAAGAAAUUGGUGGAACAACUGCAGAUACUAUGUGUGAAAUACUUGCGUUUGAAGCUGAUAGGCGAGCAAUUAUUAUAACUAUCAAUUCAUUUGGAACUGAAUUGGGUAAAGAUGAUAGAGCAAAAUUGUAUCCACGCUGUGGAAAAUUGAAUCCUGAUGGAUUAGCUGCACUAGCAAGAGCUGAUGAUUAUGAACAGGUUAAAGCUGUAGCAGAAUAUUUUGCUGAAUAUAGUGCCUUGUUUGAAGGUGCAGGUAACAAUCCUGGUGAUAAAACUUUAGAAGAUAAAUUCUUUGAGCAUGAGGUUCGCUUAAACGUUCAUGCUUUUCUUCAACAAUUCCACUUUGGAGUAUUUUACAGUUACCUUAAAUUAAAGGAACAAGAAUGUCGUAAUAUCGUAUGGAUAGCGGAAUGUGUUGCACAAAAACAUCGUGCUAAAAUAGAUAAUUACAUUCCAAUCUUUUAAUAAGUUUCGCGAUGUUUUGUUGAUCAUUUAUAUUUAACUAUGCAACAGUAUCACACGAAAAAGUAAAUUUUCCUCCUAAUUUUUAUUUCUUAACCACAAAUAAUUAAUAAUUCUAUAGUA